AUGAAUAAUGUUAAUUAAAUGCUAAAUAAGGUUAUAGUUGGCUCAAUGGGAAAUUAUAAGUUAACUUAGUAAUUAGGUAAUGGUUCAAUUAGUGUAGUGUUUAAGGCAGAGAGAUAAGAAGAUAGCAAAAUAUUUGCAGUUAAGUAUGUGAGCUCAUUUACAUUUGAAGGAUAAAGGAAGAACAAGUACUAGUAAAAUGAAUUAGAGAUAUCAAAGAAAAUUAUGGAAAUUAAAUCUAAAAAUUUGAUUGAAAUAUAUGAAGUAAUCUAAGAGGACUCGGAGGAUUCGUAUAUUAUCAUGGAGUUUUGUGAUAUGUGCGAUUUAUUUAGCUUUUCUUUAACUUUCUGGAUUAAUUGGUAAACUGCAAUUGAAUUUGGUUAUUAAAUAGCUUGUGGGAUCAAUGAUUUACAUAGGUUUAAUAUUACCCAUAGAGAUUUAAAACCGGAAAAUAUAUUUGUCAGCAGCCAUAAAAAUGAUGAAACCAAAAAGAUUGAAUAUAAUAUAAAAAUAGGAGAUUUUGGGUUGAGUAAAGAGGGCGAUAUUUUUACUAGUACAGUAGGAACUCCAAAUUACAUGGGUCCAGAGACGUAUUAAGAGGGUGAUAAAACUAAGGAAACAGAUAUCUGGGCGUUUGGAGCAAUAUUGUUUGAGCUGAUAGAAAAAAAAUAGUAUUUUAGUUCUCAUAGUGCAGCUAUGAUAUACAAUUAAAUUAAAAACUUUUAGGCAUAUGACAAAUAGAGGUUAACAAAAAUAGAAGACAGCGAUAUUUUAGAAAGAGUUAACAAUUUAAUUUAAAAAUGCCUCAAUGUUAAACCUUAAAACAGAAUAUAGUCUGAAGAACUUGUUUUAGAGAUACAGUCGAUAUUGUAAUUAACAAAAACUCUACCUUAAGAGAAAAGACAUAUAUCUCUGAAGAUACCAACAAACGAUUUUUUAAAAAACCAAAACUAUUUCUAAAGUAUUUAUUAUGAAAUCCAAGAUGAAGAAAUGCAUAAAAAUGGGGAAAAGUAGCAAUUUGAGAACAAAUUUAAUAAAUAGUUUAUAAAAAAGGUUGAAUCUGAAUUGGUAGAAAAUUCUCCUGAUAACAGUAAUGAAAUUAAAAAUAACUAUGAUAGCUAGAACUAAAUAGCUGAAUCCUAGAAAGAAUAAUCAAGCAAUUCUAUUUUUUAUGAUGAAUCAAAAUUAAUAUCUAUGAGCAAUAGUAAAUAAAACAGAAGCUAAGACAUGUAUUUAGAAAAUGUUGAAUUUGUGUUUUCUAAAUUAUUAUCGAAUAACAGCAAUUAAAAUACAUAAGAAGAGCAAGACUAAAAUUAAUUAUUAAAUAGCCAUGAACAAAUAUGUAAUUUUUUAUAGAGACACCAUGAAGAAAAUUUCAAUGGAUAAAAUGAAGAAAAUUACUAAAAAAAUUAAAGUCUCAGAAAAAAUAAUUAAGAACUAGACAAUUUUGAAUAAAUGAAUCUGCAAUAGCUAGCUAAUGCUUCAUACAAACUGAUAUUUUCCAGACAACAUAACAAGAAUAUUGUGAGAAUAAUUAAAAAUAUUAAUAUUGUUAAAAUAAAGAGUUAUAAGAAAACGACAUGA